AUGACCGUUGUUACUAACCCUGCAUGCAUGGACAACGGCCUUGAUGGCCAAACAUCCCAAGCGUCUACGUCCGGAAUUCAGUCUAUGGCAACAAUACCCAUAUAUGGACCAUACGGAGAUUUACAGAUAGAUGAAAACUCCAGACUUUAUGACAACGAGAAACAAAGCGACAUAGUCUUUGUUGCUGGAAUAAAUGGUGACACGUUCCGAUUCCCUGGACAUCGUCGCGUACUCGCCGCUACUAGCCCUGUUUUCGCUGCGCUGCUCUCCACUAAAGCAGAUGUAAUUGUAGUGGAUUACAUUGAUCGACGAGGUUUCGAACAAUUACUUCGCUAUUACUAUUGUGAGCCUACACAGUUAACAUCUGUUUUUACCGCUAGAACGACCCUCAAUGCAGCCUAUAAGUUUUUGUGUCCUCAACUAGCAGAACGAUGUGCUCGUCGGCUAGAUGAAAUGUUGGAUGCCGAAGUAGCGCUGGAAAUAUUACGUGACUUAAGAUUCUUAUGUGCAAGACUACCAGGAGCUGCUUCGGCACCUCCUUUACCUGCACUCGAAAGCGAUGCCGCUGCUAGAACAUUAUCACAUUGUGCAAUGUGGUGCGACUCCCUUGCACAUAACGCACUACUUGUAAUUGAUGAUAACGCAGAUGCAGCUCUUACUCACGAAAAACUUGAAGAUCUCACAUACGAAGAUCUUGCGUUGAUAGUGAAACGCGAUACUUUACGAGUAUCAAGCGAACUAAUCUUAGCAGAAGCACUUGCGCGCUGGAGUACAGCGGCUUGCAAACGAUCAAAGCGUGAGCUAACACCGAGUAACAAACGCGCUGCUCUUGGAGAACUAGCUUAUUGUCCACGGUAUUUGCUCCUUACAGGAGAAGAUUUGGACAGAGCCCUGGCUUUGGAAUUGUUAGAGCCGAUAGAGCGCGCUUUGGUAAUAGCUCGUGCGCGUAAGUUUUCCGCUCCUGUUCCUGUAGGUGCGGAACAAGAAGCAAUGUUACGAAGAUGGGCUCACCCCCGACCCACCGAACCUGCUGCAGCGCCAGUUCAUUUGAGUCCGCGAUCGGAGAUGCCAGAUGAACCGAAACCAAGUAAAUUAUGUGGACGACGACCUAAAAAACUUAAACAGCCAUGCUUUGAACCCGAAGACAGACGAAUUCCUCAAAGGAACAAUUGUUGCUCUGAUUGCUUCCAUGGAUUAAUUCACGCAUUUGUCUGUUUAUUUGACUAAGAAAGUGCAUUGAAAUCUUGAAAUGUUAGUGGUGUAGCCAGAUGAAUUAAUAUUUUGUCAAUGCUAUAAAUAAAUGUCUUAUAAUUUAUAGCAUGCUAAGAAUCUUCAAAUAAACAUAUGUGAUGAGGUAUA